GCCACAUCGGUGGCGCUCACAGCUCAUGGGAGAUACGAGACUGUUCGAAUAACUUGAUCAUUGGAGGAUUUUCACAAUCAUUGAAAUUUUCAUCAAAAGUGCAUAUAUAAGAAAGGAGAAUCAUCGAGCCGUGCAAGGAUCCGUAAGAUGGUCGUCACGCUGAGGAAAUCCGUCUUUUCGACGCCUCAUUCGACUUCAGCCUCGUGUUGAACUCCAGCAAAGGCGGCGUGUAACAGCAAUACGUAGCAGCAACGGUGAAAAAAGUGCGCGCGCACAUAAGCGACGCGUUUCGAAGCUGCCCAUCCGUUGGUAAAUCUCCAAAAAUCGAUCCCGACCCUGCGCGCGACGUUUCGUCACGUGUCGGACGUUUAACUCCAAUUUGAUCGUGUGUACAUACGAGAAAAUUUCAACAGCAAUACUCACUGGAAUACUGAAAUAAUGUACCUUUCACGAUAACGCUAAUAAUGGAAGAAGGGCCAAGUGUCGUGGAUUAAUUGAAAGAAAUUUAAAUUAUGGAUAUUUAUCCGGCAACGAUGUAUCGCAAUGACGAUUGGAUGAAGAUCUCGGGAAAUCUAAUAGGACCAACAAAGUGUCCAAGAAACAGCUCUAUCUUCGUUCUGUCCAAGUGUGGAAACGUGAUUCACGACGUCGUGUUUAGAAACAUUGGUCCAGCUGAAUGAAAUUUGCUCUGUGAUAACCAGCUUUACCCAACCAAAGAAUUGCUUUAAGGAUCUACGAAGAAUUGCAAACUUCAAAGCUUUACCAAAGACAAGCGGUGCAACGUGGUCGCCCUUAUCGUCGACAAUAAUGAUACAUUACUAUCGAUAAUUUAUGAAAGAAGUAAUACGCCAAAAGAGCCACCAAUCUUGUUGUAUCGAAAAUAGUCGAGAAUAUCGAUACUCUUGAGAAAUUCAUAUAUUUCGACAGGAUAUUAAGAUAAAUCAAGCGAAAUCAUCACGACCGAUCUCCAAAUGAAAUUUCGCAAAUCCUCUUUAUCCAGCCCGAAGAUGGAAUUACUCUCGAGACGUUCCUCAAACGAUAGGAUAUCGACCUUGAAGAGGUCGAGAUCCUUUCGGGCAUCCGUAAAACUAAUGUCAAAGAUACGCAAUCACGCCAACUUGCGAUUGACCGCCGGCUUUGACCUGUCGAAACCUAUCUCGAAAGAUCUCAAGGAAGAAAGCAACUUUUAUAUCAUUGAAGAAUCUCGGGAUUCUGAAAGAUCUUUGAACGUACAGAAAGAGGAUGCAAGUUCCCGUAUCGAGGACAAGGCCGGUGGCGAGAUGUUGUCGAAUUCUCGGAAAAUUUCGCUAUCGUCAAACGAUAUUGGUUCGCAAGAAAUUAUUAAGGAUCUGAAGAACAAACUGUCCUUGACCGAUAAGAUAAUGGGUAAGGGUCGCAAGGAAGCGGAAAGAAAAAACGAAGGCAUAAAGUCACCGAAAGUUAGUCGCAUUUUUCGCAGAAAAUGCAGCGAAAACUCUCAAGAAGAUACUCGAGGGAAAAACUGUAGCGAGAAACACGUGUCUUAUGAAACAGAUAUAUGUCAAGCGAGUAAAAAUGUAUUCUACGAGAAUCCUACGUUCGUAUUGGACACUUCCUUCGACUCCUCCGUCUCGAGUUUUCUCUACGAAGAGGAGGAAAAGGAGGAAGAGCAACGGCAGGACUGUGAAAGUGAACAACCUGUGUCCUGCGAGCGUGACGUCUUGACCGUCGUCGUGGAUUCUCAUAAAGCGAUUGACAGGCCAUUGUACCACAAAAUUAAUUACGAGCGAGAUAGAUGCUAUGAUGAAAAGUGUCUUGAAGAAAACGCAUUUCGUUCUAGAUGCGAGACCGAUCCUUUGAAAUGUUUUUGCAAAGAUUCGCAAACGAACGCGAUAAAAGGCAAUCGAAAAACUGCUGAAUCCUUCGGCGGAUUUGAUCGCUCGAAGAUUAAAUUUUACUGUAAAGUACACGAGACGGCAAGGAAAAAUGCGUCAAACUGCCUACAGGAUCAGAAAUUCUUUGACAGUGUCAAGACUUGUCCCUCCAAAUCUUGCAAAAUCAGGACGGUCGAUAAUUUUACCAACUUUUGGACCAACAGACGUGGUAAUAGUUUUCGAAGUAAAAUGGCGACUGAUGCCAGGAAAAGGGAUGCAAAAGAAACGAAGGAUUACGAGCGGAUCGGUGUGGAGCGAGUUCUCGUGUCGACAUCAUCGGGAUCAAAAUUACAUUCGUUGCAAGGGAUGGAGUUCCUGGAGGGCUUCGGCAAGAAGAAACAACAGCCUCACCAACAAUUGAAUAAUUUGUCAUCGAUACAUAUCAAUCCUCUCUCGGCCCAAUCCCUCAACAUACACUUGCAUGCUUUAUUUGCGGCUGUGGAACAUGGCCAUUUGGAUAAGGCGAAGAGUAUUUUGCAAUCUACCGAUGUGGAUGUAAAUAGCGUUAAUAGCGACGGCUUGUCACCGCUGGAUGUUGCUGUACUUAGUAACAACAGGCCACUGGCAAAAAUGCUGGUUACAUUCGGUGCGCAGGAAGGAAAUCAAUUCAAGUCUCCGGAAUCUCUUGGCAGUCAUUUAGCGUCAUUACUCUCGGAAGCGGAACAUAGAGUUCAAGAACUCGGCGGCAGUACUUCCGGCAGCAGUGCGACUUUACUGGAACCACCUAGUAUACACAGAGCCAGUUUUUCCACGCAACAUAACAACCUUACAGGAUGCAGUGGUAGUACGGAAGACAAACAGCUUGCCCUAUGGGAAAGGAGAGCCAGGGCCCUGAGAAAAAUGUUACUUGGUUUCGAUCAAGCGCGACCACCCGACAUGCCAUUUCUGGUUGCGAUCGAUGUUACCGGAACGACUUCGGUAACAAUAAGGUUUCAAGAGCCAGAUUCGCACGAUUCUCCAAUCUGUACGAAAUUUAAGGUACAAUGGAGUUUGCACGAUGAUUUUUCCGUUAUUUGCGGUGAGAGAGAGGUUUUAGACAUGAAGCAAAGAGAAUGUCGUAUCGAGGAUCUGACUCAAGGUCAAAGAUAUUAUUUUCGCGCUGCCGCUGGAAAUUUAAAGGGCUACAGCAGAUUUAGAAAUUCGACGCCUGCACAUGUUACACCUAGCAGUUGGAGGGAUAUAGAUGGCAGAGUGCCGAGGUUUGCGGGACGAUUAGAACAAUUAAAUACGUUGUUCACCGAUAUAAGAAGACCCGAGUAUACGCAAGAGACACCGGCGGUACAGAGGCGAAAUCACAAAAAGAAAACGACGAUAAAACAACUGUUUACAGCGACGAGUAAAUUCCAGAAAAAUCUCAGACGAGGAGUAUUUCUCGCGUGUCUACUGUAUCACGAAGACAAAGUUCUCGUUACCAACGAGGAUUUCUUACCCGUAAUCGAAGUCGACGAGACGUAUCCUAGUUGUAUCUACAACGAUUUUCAUUGGCUAAUGAAAGUCGCCUGUACCUGGGACGACGUUAAAUCCCUCCGACAAGAUAUGGAAAAGAGUCACAGCAGUUCGACGAACCAUUUUAGAAUAAGGUUGCUUCAAGCUGCUGCUCAGAUGCAGGCUGCACUGUGCAUACAAGACCUUGGACAAUUAUAUCACAAACCUAUCAGAGACAUUCAAGGCACUUUGGUAUUUUCGACGGUGAAUUACAUAAAAUCAGCAAAAAUGGUUUCCGUAUUAAAUAGCAGAUGGUUACCGCUCAGUAAAGUUAUAAAGAAAGUCAUAACGCACGAAGAUAGUAACGUUGCCGAUAUCUUGAUGGCCAGUAUACAAGAGCAAAUAACAUAUCAUCAAGUGAGUAGUAUCAAAUUGUCCAAAGGUUUAUAUCUCGGUUAUCUGAAAAUGCAGAGCAGCGUGGAUCUCAUACAAGUCGUUGUCCCGACGAAAUCUCCGAAUGUGCUGCCGCAUUGCAAGAUUCGCGAUAAUCCACACGUAUCCGCGGAGGAGUGGGACUAUCUCAAGAGAGUAACGCGCAUCUGCAUGUCCGAUUCUUCCGUGAAGGAAUCCGAAGAAAAGGAAAACGUGACGAACGAGGCUCAAGGCACGGAACAGCAAAAAUUGUUCGUCGAUUUAGUUGCCGCGACCGCACGACGACUGUUCAAUUACAUGGAGAUCAGUGCGGAGGAUUCGUUGGUGCAUCGACUUUACGAUGCCGAAGUGAUCGAUUUGACGCACGACGUAUCGUUUCUUAUCACCGUGCCGCCCGCCGAAACCGCUUGCUGCGUGCCUGGCACGCGAGAGAUCUUACUACAACGCGGUGAUCUCCUAUCGUUGCCUAUUCAAGUCUUUGAGAUGGUGCAUCUAAACACGUAUCAAAAAGACGUGAUUAAUCGUUACUCGAGGCUCAGCUGCAUCCUGGAACUAGACACGGCACAGGCCCAGCAUAAUCACAGAGAGGCCUUCAGCUCCUUAGAGUUAAGCGUCGCAAAGGAUAAAUUGACGAGAUUGCAAGAUCUCCAGUCGCAAAUGAACACAGUGUGGAAAGGUGCCAGGUGGCUGAUCGACGUGAUAACUUUCGCGAGAGAUCGCGGAUCUUCUCAACAAAACGUCGCAUCGCAAACCGUCGGUAUAUCUAUGAAACAUCUGCUUAGCUUAGACAGAAACAAAAAUAAUACCGGUAACAACAAUAAUAGUUUAAAACGGAGCUUAUUACAAUUACCGCCUAGAGAUCCUAAGCUCGUUAAAUCAAGCCCCGGCCGAGGUAGUUGGCCAGGACCGAAUCUAUCCAAUUCCUCUUCGAAUCUUCUCACAACGGAAUUCAGCAAGAGCGAGCAGCAGCUGCCCAGCGGACAGUACAUACGCAAGGGUAGCAACACUUCAAAUAUAUCGAUAACGUCAGAGCCGCAGAAAUCGUUGUGCGUGCCGAUGAGUAGCAACAGCAAUCUAAGCAAUCUGACGACGAGCAGCUCGAAUCAUCUGGCGCCGCUGCAAAAUACGCGGCUGCCGCCCUCCAAAUCCGAAGACACCCUAAUUGUCGCCAAGUACAAACAUAGUCCGCGAAAUCGAUCCGCUACGAUGACUACUUCGGCAUCGGCCAGCACUAGUCCUCUAAUGAGCAUUAAGCCCAUCAUUUACGGCGGCUCGCUUUUGAGCGUCUCCACGGCGAUGACGAACACCACGAGCCUACUUAGCGUAUCUGUCAGCAACACCAAUUCCGACAGUCUACAUUCGUUGAGCAGCGAAGACAACUCUACGACCAAUUCGAGCGUAUGCUUGAAAGCCAGUCAUCCGGUCAAAGUUAAAACGUCCAAACCGACUGCGAGCGUGGCGGCAAUGGCCACCGUUCCACAGGAUAAUCUAGACGAAGAGAAGGAAGAGUCGACGAUGAUGCCAGCACCUCUACCAGGCAUUCUUCAAGUUUACGCGGCCUACGAGACUGGUUUAGCAGCUGGCACCAGUUUGAAACUACACGUAACACCAAGGACUACAGCACGUGAAGUUGUGGAACUUGUUGUUAAACAAUUGAACAUGGCGGUGGUCUUAAAAGGACAAAAUGGGCCUACCUAUACGAUUGACGAACUACCAAAUUUUUGCUUAGUUGCCGUAAUCGGUGCACGGGAACGUUGUUUAAGGGACGAUUUUAAGCCUCUUCAAUUGCAAAAUCCAUGGAAGAAGGGACGACUAUAUGUUAGACAAAAACAGGACGUUCUCGCUGCUCUUGAGCACAGUAGUAAGCAUACCGCGUACUUAUAGCACAAAUAAAGCGCUAUCUAUAAGUGGGAAGAAAGAGAGAGAGAGAGGUAAUGAUUUAUUACCUAUUAUUUUUAAAUUUCGAUUCAUUCUAUAUGCGUGCAUAAACGUAUGUAACGUUCUUCGAUAACAAUGAACGAGAUAUUUCAUAUAAAGCGACUUACGUCGUACAUCUUCAACGGCACUACUAAUAAAAAAAAAAAUAUUCCAGUGAGCAGAUGUGAAUAAUUAUUUAAUAAAAAAAGAUAUUUUAACCACAUAAUGUUCCAUGACACAAGAGAUUUUUUUUUCUCAAUUUUUCUUCUAAUAAUUUAUGUAUGUAACUAGGUCACACAUUUUAUAUAAAAAAAGUUGUGUAUUUAAAAAAUUAUUUUAUUCGUACUUGGCCUCUCUUAAAUAAGUGUUAGCCGUGAUAGAUCUAACAAGCUUUUUAAGAAUUAUUUUUUUAAAAAUCGAUCUUUUUUUUAUUAUCUAUAAGUAAAAUAAUAUUCUUUUCAAAAAAAUAUUCCAAUUUUUUUUGUCACAAUUAUUUUUCGAUAUACUUUCUUUGGCUGUUAUAAAUAAUUUUAUUAAAUAACCAGUGAAACGUUGAAGAUAAAAAUAUAAAUAAUUAAAAUAUAACACAUGAGAUAUAGUAACAUAGACAAUUUGGAGGAAUAAAAUGUGAUAAACAUUUCUCUAAUCGAUGAAAUAGGAGUCUAUCCUAUUUUAGGCGACGUGUGUACAUUCCAAUUUUGGAAUUUGUCAACUUUCAAGCACGAUCUGUAAUAUUCUUCGAAUGUUAGCUAGUUUGUAAAGGAAUGAAUAAUGAUACUCGAGACAUACUGUUAUAUUUUCUGUACCGAUCUCAAUGUUUUAUUCGAUAUAUGCAUAUUGUCGAGAUUAUAGGCGAGUGAGCUGAUUGAGAGAUCUCAUUGUUCCUUAUAUCGUAGUUCGUUGUAUCCAAGUAUGAUUUGUCGUUACGAAACAUGAAAGACCUUUUGGCACAAAGAAAAUGCAAUAGAGGAAUACUUGGAUACUUUGAACCAAUAAGGAUAAUUUUUUGAAGUCACACACACACACACAGUGAAAGUUUUAUAUUUAUACUAUUAAAGUUAUAGAUGAAAUGCCUCUAAAAAAGUAUAUUUUAGGUUCUAAUACAUGACAAAAUGUUAUUAUAAUAUUAUAUAUCAUACUUUCUGCUUAUGAUUAGAUUCAAUGUUACCAGGCUCUAACAAAAGAAAUAAAAUCAUUGAUCAUCGAAUGCAUUCUCGAUGCACAGUGUCUGGGGCAGUGUAUUUCUUUCAAAAUAUUCAUAAUAUAAUAAUAUGAAAGUUCCUAAAGUCUGGUAGCGUCAUCUUAAGAUGGCUUAGGGAGAAAAAUAUAUAUUUUAGAAAAGUCUGAGAUCAAUUUUCUGGGAGAGAACGCUGACAAAUUUUGUUGACAGAAAGGAUUGUAAGACAAAAUAUUAUAUACAAAACAGAGAAAAUUAGUAUAAGAUUUUAUUUGGGAAAUAUUUCGAAUCUAAAGCGGCGAGUAUAAUAUAUUAGAACCAGUUUUAUAGUUAAUUAUUAGUAUAGUUAAGACGAGAAGAGGCUUAUAGACUGUUGUAUAUAAUAGAACAAAGAGUAUUAUUAAUACUGCUAUGUUAUUUUAGAGAUAAAAGAAUUUUUGUAUAUUUUUUUUGUCUUAGCUUAUAACUUUUGUUUCACUAAACGCUAUAGUAAACAUAUAUAAAUAUUUUUUUUAUUUUUAUUUUGUUACAAUCACAUUCUGCAUCUAAAUGUACAUCUGUUUCAUUUUAACACAACAAAAUCAUAUAAAAAAAAUUUCAGCAGGGAUAGCCAAUCGAAUUUAUUUUGAAGAAAUGAAAAGAAAAAUAUUUAACCGAAAGACAAACUUACAUUUUUUCUCAUUAUAUAAAAGAUAAAAUUUAGUAAAAUUUUCCAAAAUUAUAAUAAGCACGUCGCCUGGCACAUAAUAAAAUAAAUAUCCAAUUGAGAGAAACAGCAGUACGAUAACGGCCGACGUGUAUUAACCAAUCGAAUAAUGACUACCAUAGUGUAGAAUGAUUUGCUGAACACACAUAUACCCAAAAACCGCACAAUAUUAUACGCGACGAACUUCUUAAAUGUCUCGUGAUCGCGUUGCACAUUUCGUAUAUAAUCUAACAAAGAACAAGAUUAAUUAGCGUAGUAUAUAUACUCAUAUGUAGUUAUUCGUAUAGAUUUUCUCUCUUUCUAAAAAAACAAAAGAGAAAGAGGGAGAGAGAAACAAAAGAAAGAAUAAUAUAUUUAAAAACAAUCUUAACUGUUUGGAUAGAGUGAAGAAUUAAUACAAAUAAUCUGGAGAUGCACAGUAACAUGUCAAAUGUAAAUUUAUAUUUUUUUUAUUUCGCUCGCCUACAUAAUAUCGAUCUGUCAAGCGAAGAACCUUAUCGCAUGUCUGUACAGAUGUCUAUCGUGAAAUCCGUCCUUCACGUCGCAGAUUCGAUAUAUGUAUAUAUUUGACUGUAUAUUCGAAUGUGUUUUCUCGAAUAUAUCAUGCUUAUUGAGCAGUAGUAUCAUGCACCAAGGGGCCAUUUGCAUUUAUAAGAAGAAUGCAUUGAAUGCUUAUGAAGAUGGUGCGCAUAUUUUUUUAUCGACCAAGUGACAAAGAAUCGACGAAUUAUUAAGAAUUAUUAAGAGCGUGUUUCGCUAAUUACAUAGGUAUUCUGUACACCGCUAAUUUUGUUAAAAACUAAUGUCAUAGGCAGAGAAAAAUGAGAUGGAUAAAACAUCUCUCUCUCUCUGACGAUGAGCUACAGCAAAUGUAACAAUGGAAUUGAGUAAAACAACUUUGUACUCUAAUCUAUUAAGCUGAUUAAUCUGUAAAGAAGCCAGAGUAAUUAGCGGUGCAUUGACUUAACCAUGUAAACAUCUGUGUUUAUUUUUCCCUACUAUGUAUUUUUAUCUAGAAGUAUGCGCUCGUUUUUGUUCGAUCGAAAAAAUGAUGGAAAUUUUAUUAGGACUACGUGAGUGUCUAUCGAUGUUGAGUGUAAAAUAACCGUUAGCACAUAAGUAUUACGAUAUACAAAGUGAAAGAGUAAGAGAUGCGCCGAGCCAAUAAAGAAGUGAACAUGAGUGAAAUAUAAUAUUUGUAAAUAUUCUGAGAAAAAGAAAGUGAUUGCAUGCACGGAAAAAAUGAGAGAGAGAGAGAGAGAGAGAUUAUUUUGGACGAGAAAAAAUAGGAAAAAUCUCAUUUCCACGCGAUAUGUAUUAUAGUUGUGUCUAUACGACGACGAUAUGAAUCAAUUAGUUGAAAUUCAAACGAAAACAUUUUCCUCUUCCCCCUUUUGCUUCCUUCCAUCUCGUCCGCCCCUCGUGCCCAGAAAUAAAAUUUUUGUACGCGACAUCACUUUUUAAUGCGCCAUUUGUGAUGUACGCGUACGCAAAUAAUUAUGUACAGUAGCGAAUUGAUGUUUAUAUAGAAAAGAUGGCUUCGUUUCUGUUGCGACUGGAUUUUUCCCCCCUUUUUUUCUAGGGGACAAUGUACCACGACGGAAACGUCCGAAAUAAAGUAUAACAUUGUA